AUGAUAACUAUUUUAAUCAUCAUCUCAGGUAUGCUAGUAUCUGUUGUUGCCUGGGGUUAUCUGGCCGACAACAAAGGGCGUAAACAACUACUUAUCUAUGGAUUUCUAUUGGAUGGCAUUUGUGUUGUUUGCGGUUCCAUGAGCCAAACAGUUGUUCAGCUGAUGGUAUCCAAGUUUAUUGGAGGAUUUAUCAUUUGUGGCCCUUUUGCCGUACUGAUGUCCUACCUCUCGGAAUUCCAUGGCAGUAAACAUCGCUCACGCAUCAUAAUGGUCAUAGGAAUUAUGUUUGCCACCUCGAAUAUCAUACUUUCGCUAAUGGCUAUAGCCAUAUUGCCACGUGAUUGGAAUUUUCAGAUAUUCAAUAUGAAUUUUGUGGCCUGGAAAGUCUUUAUGGCUGUAAGUGGAGUGCCAAGUUUAUUAGCAGCACUUCUUCUGCCAUUAUUUCCCGAAAGUCCACGAUUUCUAAUGGCUCAGGGAAGAGUUGAGGAAGCAAUGGAGGCGUUUAGAACCAUGUAUGCUCUGAAUUCCGGUAAGCCCAAGGACACUUAUAAGAUCAAGGCACUAAUCAAUGAAAAAGCCCAAGAACAAAAUUUCCCUAGUGUGGAUACGGUAUCAAAUAAAGGCCAGCUGAAAAUCAAUAUGGAACAUGAACAAAAACUUAAAUUGGUCAAGGAUCCUAAUACCUUUAGGAUAUUGUGUUCCAAACCCUAUUUGGGUUUAUGCCUUUUGGUUGGUGUUAUGCAAUUUUUCAGUGUAAUGGGACACAAUUCAAUGCGACUUUGGCUACCUCAAUUGUUUGCUUCGAUUAAUGAAUACGAACAGAUGUCAUUGGAGGCCACUAGUUUGUGUACAAUAUUGGAGUAUAGUGUAAAUAAGACAGAAUUGAUUAAAAAUCCCUUGGAACAAUGCAUUGUGAUAAUAACACCAUCGUCAUACACAAACAAUCUGAUAGUUGCAGGAGCAUCUUUCGUAUCAAAUCUACUUGCUGGAACCAUAAUAAAUGCCGUUGGCAGUAAGGGAAUCCAAGUAAUUGGCUUGGCAACAGCUGGACUAUGUAGCAUAAGUCUAUUUUGGUCAUCUUCAUCUCUAUCGACUUUGGUAAUAACAUCUCUGUUCAUUGCGAUGGGUAGCAUGGCCAAUACGGCAGCUAUUGGCACUUCGGUAAAUUUGUUUCCUACAUCACUAAGAACACUGAUUGUCUCCCUGACGAUGGUUGUUGAACGCAUGGGCACCAUAUUGGGAAAUGUCAUUUUCCCAAUUUUCAUGCAAUUAGGUUGUGUACCGCCUUUUGUUAUGAUAACAGUUGCGAUGUUUUUUGGCUGUUUAAUAGCUGCAUGCCUGCCCAAUUCCAAAAAGAUAAAUCUUAAAUAAGAAUGAAAAUGUUUACUGUAAAAUUUAUUGUCUGUUUUGCGCUCUUAAAUUUAUUAUUAAACUUUAUUUUGUAACGCAGAAGCAUAAAAUGGGGAAUUUUUUUAC